AUGCCGCCGAAGAGGGUCUCGAAGAGCAGGACCGGCUACUUCGGGGUGCGGGAGAAGCCGUCUGGGAACUUCGGUGCCGAGUUCCUGCGUGACGGCUAUCGCUACUGGCUCGACACCUUCAAGUACCUAGAGGUGGCUGCACGUGCGUACGACGUCGCCGCUUGGUGUUUCGGCCGGUCAAGGCACGAGAUGAACUUCCCGGAGAUCGAAACCUGGGAGGAUGUGGAGUUCAUCGGAUCGAAGAAUCUUAAGAUACGACAGACAGACGGACGGGGAGGAGGAGGAGGAGGAGGAGUAGAGAAGACGGCAAGGAUCACCAUUGUUCCCGGCGAAAGUGACAAAGCAGCGCUGUCGAGGUUUGUGCGGGAGCAUCCGGAGUACUUCCAGGCCAAGCAGGAUUUCCAUUGGAAGCGUGACGCCGAGCAGAAGAAGAAUAAGGCGGUGAAGAAGGAGGACAAGGCCGGCCCCUCGACAGUGAUCCCCAUCGAGUCUGACUCGUCAGGCUGGGAUGACUCUGAGGAGGAGUUCGAGACGCUCGAUGACUCCGACGACUCCAUCAAAGAGGAGUUCUGGGAGCGGCUAGAAAACGAUAUUACUGUUUUAUGUUUUAUGUAG